UCCGCCAAAACCGAAAAAUUAAAUUUUCCCGCCAAAUUUAUGAAAUACAUUUUUCCGUCAAAACUGUGAAUUACGUUUUCCGUCAAAAUCAUUAAUUUUUUAUUUUAACGAUAAAACUGUUUUUUUUUGGUUAAAUUGUAAAGUUAUGUUUUCUUUUAUUAAACUCAUAAAAUUAUAUUUUAAGAAGCCCAUGGACACCCAUUGUCCAUUUGGUCUUCGUCCAAUUGGACCGUGUACCAAUUGGUCUUUUGUCCAGUUGGACCAUUUAUUAAUUGGGCAUGUCCAUAGCCCGCCCAAAAUGAAUUGGAUUGGGCUAGCCCAUGGUCAGCCCGCCCAGUUGACACCUCUAUCUGUCCUAAUUAUAGUAACAAAAGGUACGAAUUUUCAUCUUUUUGACAAAGAAUAAAAUAUUUCGUUAGUAAGUUAUACUCCAUAUGUUUUAUUUUAAAUGUGGUUCUAGGUUCGUGCAUACAGAUUAAAGAAAUAAAUAGUUUUAUAUAUUUUCUAUGUAAAUCACAAUUACCUAUACACCUAACAAUAUUUCAACCAAUAAAAAAAAUAAUUUGCUGAAUAGAAUAAAUAAAUUUUACAUUAAAAAUCAAAAACACCACUUAUUUUAUAACGAAAAAAAUUAUUUACAAUGACAACUUAAUAUGCAAAGAAGAGAGUAUGUUUAAUUGGUUGAUUCUAUCAAGUAGGUAAGUCUUGUCUUCCUGAUUUACAGGAAAAUCGGUAAAGUAGUUCUGUUUUCAUUCAAACAUAUUAAUUGGUUUUUAAAACAUUCAUGGAUGUCCACAUAAUUGCUGAACACUAAGCUAAUUGAUUUCCAUGCAUAUCGUUGAUGAACUCUUUUACUAUCAAUAAUAAAAUACUAAGGCUCCUACUGGUGACUUUUUCGGGAACAAUAAAAACGAAUAGGAAAGGAACGUAUAGGAAUAAAAUUGCAGGAAUGAAAAGGAAUGUUGGUUCCUUAUCAAAUUUAAUAAGGAAUGCUUUUGUUCUAUAAUUCUCUACAAAAAAGGGAAUGGAGAGGAACAAAAAGGAAAAACUAUUCCUUGUGAAUGGUGAUUUUUUUUGGGAAUGAUAAGGAAUUCAGUGUUCCCCUCCGUUCCUUGGUCACCAUUCGAAGCCUAAGUUUAGGGAAUGAUUCAAGAAACUUAUAUAAGGAAGGUUUAUUAAAUUAGGGAUUAUUUUAGAAUUCUUUAGAUUUGGUAAGAUUUACGUGGACUUUAAUGAUAUUCGUAUAAUUUGGUGGAAUUUUAAAACAAAAUAAAAAUCAAAGUCUACUUUCUAAUUGAUGAAUUUUUUUUAAGUUCCAAAAUAUUUUGAGUGAUUUAAUAAUGAUGAAUUAAAGAAAGUGAUUAAUUUCUGUAAGUUUACUUGGUUUAUAUAUAUUUUCAAAUAUAAUAUUUUCAAAAAUAAUUUAGCUUUAAAAUUUGACUAGAUAUGUAAAUGUAUGAAAUUUGAGCACCUGAUUUUCAAUUUUACAAAUUAUUUGGAUGUAAUAUUUUUUUUGUCAAACUUUAUUUUCUAUUGAAAUGGAAAAUGAUACUAUUUGAUUUCUGAUGAAUGUUGAUUCUCAUUUUAAGGAUUUUCAUUUUUUUUAACUAUUGAAACAAAAAAAGGUAAAAAAUUACUGAAAAGAACUUUGAAUACAGUCUGGAUUCAUUAACUUUUAGUUAAAAAUCAACUUUAAAAUACUUUCAAAUUUAACUUGGUAAAUUUAUUGAUGAAAUUCUUAAUUUCCAAUAAGUUUUAACGAAGUUGUAUAAAUAACUAAUUCAAUAACACCAUCAAUUUUACAUAAUUAUUAUACAUGCUAAAUUCAAUACAAGAACAUUUGGAAAAACAAAAUCUUUCAGAUCUCUAAUCCAAUGAACCCCAUAAGUAGCUGCCCCAUAUAUCACAUUCCCUAUACAUAACCCUAUCCAACGAGAUGGGGCUUUUUUGGGUAUAUGCUCGUGGUAUAUGCUCAGAACAUGAUUUCUCUUACUAGGUCGUAUAACACUUCAAAAACACUUAUAAUAAGUUUCUUUAACUUCCAUUUGACAACAGAGAUAUAUUUGUUUGUUUAAUUGGCUAGCUCUACUAUCCGCAAUCACACACGUAUAUAUAUAUAUAUAUGUCGCUGGACAUUUACAACCAAAACAGCUUCAAGAGAAAACAUAAUCUAGAAAACUUGUCUUUGAUCAAGCUAAAAUGUGCGAAUUGGGCCCUGCAUUGUUUCCAAAAUUUGGGAUGGAAUUGACUGGAGAGCACGAGAGCUACUCCACCAACGCCGCGUCGUUUCUUGAUUUUCCGGUACCAAAUACGCAUGGAGUGGCUCAUCAUGAGACCAGCUUUGGGGUCUCUGUUUCGUCCGAGGUAAAUGGAAUUGACAACAAUUCGGUCAUGAUCAAGAAGCUUUGUCACAAUGCUAAUGAGCGUAACCGUCGCAAGAAGAUCAACUCUUUGUUCUCAACUCUUCGUUCAUGUCUUCCAGCCUCUGAUCAACUGAAGAAGCUAAGUAUUCCUCAGACGGUUUUGCGGACCGUGAAGUACAUACCGGAGCUACAAGAGCAAGUGAAGAAGCUAACCCAAAAGAAGGAAGACCUCAUGGGGAGAGUAUCGGGUCAAAGAGACACUGACCGUUACAUUAAGCCGCAACCACAAGCGGUUGCUAGUUAUGUCUCCACCGUUUUUGCGACUAAGCAUGGAGACAACGAAGUGAUGGUCCAAAUCUCAUCGUCCAAGAUUCAUAAGUUUUCGAUAUAUAACGUGUUGAAUGGACUAGAAGAAGAUGGUUUUGUUGUUGUGGAUGUUUCAUCUUCGAGUUCUCGAGGAGAAAGACUUUUCUACACUUUGCAUUUUCAAGUGGGCAAGACUGAUAGUUACAAGCUAAUUUGCGAAGAGUUAAGUCAAAGGAUAUUGUACUUGUAUGAGGAACAUGGAAACUCCUUCAGAUAUUAAUUUGUUCUUAUUUCUUUAAGCCAUGUCUUCUUCUUCAUUUUGACCAAGCGUUAUGGUCUAGACUUGUUUCUGUUUUUUUUUUCCUUUUUUUGUCGAAGGUAGUGGUCGAUUACUAAUAGAAUUACCACUACAUUCUUAUUACAGCAAUAAAAUUUAGUUUUUGUCUAGUUUAAUACCACUACAAUCUUGUUUCUGUAAUUUAUUUUUUGAACCUACAGCCAUAAUAAACUUUGCAAUAUACGAUUUUGCACUGCAAGGUUUCUAGAGCACUAGUUUAAGUGCUUUGAGAAUGUUUUUUUCUUUCUUUUGACAAAUAUUGUGCUCUAUCUCUCUACUAAAUAUAUAAUAAAUAUAUAAAAUAUAUGUAUAUAAAUGACUAUAAUAUUAUAAUUAUUAAGUAAAGAUUAUGUAUACAUAUAAAUAUAAAAACAAUUAUUUCAAAUUUAAUGAUUAUAUAUCAUAUAUGUAUUAUAUAUUUUCACAAAAAUCAUUUAUAAUUAUACAAUAAUAGGUUAUAUUUAUGUUUCUUAAUUUAUCCAUUUGUUUUUUUUUUAAUUUUGAAUCACAACUUAAUAUUUAGUCAACUACUUAUAAUUUAAAAACCAAUAACCAAAUUUCUAUAAUUAUACUACACAACUCCAUAACUUAUUGUAUAUUAAAAAUCUGAAGAUACAACAGAAAAUCUACGGUUUAUAUUCUACAUAAAAAAAUCUAGAGCAAAACAUUAAAGUUACAACACAAAACCUACAAUUUAUAUUCUACAGGAAAAAAUUAAAGAUAUAGCACAAAAACCUAAAGCUUAUAUUUUACAGCAAAAUAUCCAAAGCUAGAGCAGUAACCAAUCGGAUCCAAUGUCUUCUACUCUUUGUUUAUAUAUAUUGUAACGAAAGACAUGUUCCAUUAGUUGAGUUUUGGUGUAUUAAAUAAGAGAAGAUUUGUUUAUCAAAAAAAAAAAAAUCAUAAUAAUAAGAAAAGACAAAAUGAUGUGUUCAGAAGAGCCGGUGAAAUUGGCACUUAUUAGUUAAUAGAUGAUAAUGCUAUUUAUUAAAAAUUUAAAAGAGUUAAGGUCAUACAUGAUUAAUGAGAAGCCAUAUGAUUGGCUAUUCACUGAUUUUUGGAGAUAUGCCACUCCAUUUGUUUUUGGUUUAUUUGGUGUAAGACAAGUGAUGUCGCCACCACUUUAUUAUUUUAUUUUUGUGUUGUCAAAACUUGUUUUGGUCAAAAGGUUCUAAUUUCAAAAUGAUAAAUAGUUUUUUUUGUCGGCAAAAAAUUAAUUAAUUUCUUCUUUCAUAAAAUAUCACAACAUUAUUACACUAUUCUUUUGAUUAAAUUAUUAAUUAUUUUACCAACAUUUUAAAACGUGUAUCUUUACUAAACAAUAAUAAAAUAUGACUUUUUAUAUGUUUAAUUCGAGAUGACAUUUAAUGAUUAAUUAUCAUUGGUUGUUACAUUUGACUUGCUAAAAACGUCUAAAAAUUGUUCGUUGACAAAAUACUGAAAUAAAUAAUCAAAGAUAAAGUUAUAAUUAAUAUUUCUUUAAUUAGUGGGCAAAAAUUUUAAAUUUCAAAAUCAAAACAGAGAUAAUAGUAGAGAGAUACGAAUUAGCCAGAUUGCAAAACUAACAAAAAAAAUGAACUAUAAAAGUAUCAUUCUUGUGGAAGUACCGUAUCAUAAUGGUUAAGGUUUAAAAAGUUUUACACUCAUAUGUCUAAGGUUCGAUUCCAUGUUAUGCAAUUUUUUGGAGAUUUAAUAUUAUAUAAAGUCCAGGUUUCAAUUACCGAAAAAAAUGAUUUAUUAAAUAAUUAUGCAGACUAAAAAAAAAAAGCUUACAAAGGAUUUUCAACAAUGUGUAAAUAAAUCUGGUCAGGCUUAAAUCUUCAUAAAGAUGUAGUAUUGUCGGUUGUCAAAUCGUCUAUGUAAUCUUUCUUAUAAGUGUAAUAUCAUAAUAAAUCAGCGUAAAAAAAUGUAUCAUUCUCAUAGAUACUUUUCCAAAAGUAAAAAAACUUUAUUACUAUUGGUUCUGUAUUUUAUUACCGCCUCUAAAAUAUUUUAAGUCUUGCAUGAUAUAUAUUAUUAAUAAUAUCAAAAUUAGAAGAUAUACAUAUAUAAAGCAUAAUUGUCUAAUUUUAUAUUAACCUAGAAUAUUCCAGAUCUAUGAAAAAAAAUUAGACUAAUUCACAAAAAAAUGCAUCCGUGAAUAGAUAUUUAAAUGGGCUGAAACUUGAAAGUAAAAGUUUAAUGUCCAUGAACAAUAUGAUUUAAUUUUGCGUAUAGGUGAAUCGAACAUGACCACUCAACAAAAUCCUGGACAUAAUUAUCAAUUUUUAUGGAAACAAAUUCACAUGAUGGGUUCAGUCUAGGCAUGUGCGAAAAAAACUGGAACCGAAGAACCGAACCAAAAUAACCGGAAACAGACUGAACCCCUCAAAUAUCAGAAUGAUUCUUAUAUUUCUAUAUCCUAAAUAACUGAACUGGACCGGAAUCGAACCAAGAACCAAACGGGUAUCCGAAUAUAUAAUAAUAUUAAUUAUAUAUACAUAUAACAUAAACAAAUAUAUAUAUAUAUAUAUUUAUUUAUUUAUAAUUUAAAAUUUUAAUAAAAGUAUCCGAAAAUAUUUGAAGAAAACUAAAUUAUUACAAAGUAUCCGAACUAUCCAAAAAUAUCAAAAAGUAUUUGUAUAUUUUUUAUCUGAAAUAUCCAAAAUAAUACCAAAAUAUCCAAGAUUUUAUCCAUUCUAACUAUUUGAUAUUUUACCUAAAAUACCGAUAUUUUACUCGAAAUAUCUGAACUACCCAAAAUAACCGAACUACCCGAAAUAACCGAGCCAAAUGAGAAACAAUUUUUUGGGUAUUUUCAGGUUCUUAAUUUUACUAUCGGAACCGAACUCGAAACUAUCCGAACCGAACCAAAAAUAAGUCAAGUAGAAAAUGGAUCCUUUAGCUCCCUACCUAAACUACUAAAUACCUAAAUCGAACCUAUCGGAAAUACCCAUGCCUAGCCUAGUUCAGUUCAGUCUCCCAGAAUCUUAGUUGUUUGAUGCGAUGUACCAAAAUCCGGUUACAACUAAUGACAAACCUUUUGGAGGUUUUUUUCUUUUUGUUGAUCUACUUCACUUCGUAUUAAAAAGAAUUCUUGCAAAUCUCUUUUCGUAUUUCAGGACUUCCCAAUCGAUCAAUCAUACAAAUAUGGUGUCCAUCACGUUUUUAAAAAAAACUUUUUAUUUGCAGUAAAUUAAACGUGGCACAAGUGUUCACUCGUUGUAUUGCAUUACAACUACUAAUAUAACCACUUGAUGGUGGUCUUAUGAGAUUUGGGUUACUAAGCAAUAUGGAUUCAAAGACACCUCUAUACAUUCCAACACGUGUUCACGCGGAUAUGAAUUCAUACUAAUAACUUUAAAUACCCGGAAAAGAGUCAAUUUGUAAACUACACUUUUCCUUUAUAAUUACUCUAGUUUUUUCCAUAAACUAGGUAUACUUCCAAGUUAAAUAGAAAAAAACCCCCCCAAAAAUAUCAUCAACUGAGGGCAUCAUCAUAUUAAAAAUGAAAAAAAAAUCAUUGGAUUUGGUUUUGUUUUUGUUAAAUAAACAAUGAAAAUAUAUUGGUUUAGAGAGACGGAUUUCUUUCGCUUGGUUAAAAACUUAAAACAUAUUGAUAUCAAAUAAGACUGAAUUUACAGGAUGAUAAUUGUAGUUUUCAACAUAUAUAUUAUAUUUGUUUGGAAAUUUGGGUCACUAUAAGAAUAUAUGAAACCUCAUUGACUCACAUUUAAAGUUUGGGAAUAUUUUUGACCAGUUCGUGGAAAAAUAACUAAACUAUAACAUAUUUUAGGUUAGAUAUAUAGAUAGAUAUAUAUAUAUAAUUAUAUAUGUUCAACAAGUUGGUCUAAUUAAUGAAUAUUGUAAUGGAUUUGUUGCAUUAAACAAAGAGGCAGGAUUUAUUUAAGAUAAUGAAGCUGCUUAUGUAUAGGGGAGAAGACGACGCCCAAAGCAUCUUCCACCUGGUUCCCACGAGCUUCCAACAAUUUCUCCAAGAGCAAAAAUCUUAUUAUAGUGUUAUACAUGUAAAACCCUUGUUUGGAUUCUUGUCCAAUAUAGCUAUUGGUGAUUGGGCCUACUUCAUGUGUGGAACAUAGGCUCUGGCUCGUGUCACCUAUCACCUAUGCCCUUUGUAAAGACCUAAAUAUUUCUUUUUAUGGUAUGAUAGAAACAUAUAGUUUCUUAUUAAUAAGUAACAACAUGGAUUGCUCAAAAAAAAAAGAAGAAUUAACAACAUAGAUUUAUUUCUUUUACCCUGUCCGUGUAUAUAUAAGGGAGUUAGUGAUAUACCAUAUCAGUUAAUUUGAAGUGGCAACUCCAUGAAACUAAACAGAAUAAAUAAGUUUGUCUUUGCAGCUGUUACCAUUUAGUCGACGAAUAAUGCUGAUAAUCAUUUUCCUUUACUUUCUUGCAGAAAAGGUUGAGUAUUCCUGCGACCGUUUCACGGAGCUUGAAGCACAUGAGCAAGUGAAGAAGUUAUGACAGGAGAAGUAAAAACUCUUGGUGUAUUGGACCAAAUCAUUACGUUAAGCCACAACCAAAGGCAGUCCCCGUUAUGUCUCCACCGUUUCCGCGACUAGGCUCGGAGAAAACGAAAUGAUGGUUCACAUUCAUCGUCCAAUGAAACUAAACAGAAUGACUAGAAGAAGAUGGGUUUCUUGUGGAUGUUCAUCUUCAAGGUCUCAAGGGGAAAGGCGUUUCUACACUUUGCAUCUUCAAGUGGAAAAUAUGGAUGAUUAUUACAAAAUGAAUAGCGAAGAGUUAAGUGAAAAGGAUGUUGUACUUAUAUGAAAAAUCCGAAAACUCGUUAGGUGAUUUAUUCAUAUUGUGUGGUUAUCCUAUU